CCCUGAGCGCGGGGCCGAGCAGCGCGACCUGCACAGUGCGCAUCUCGGAGCGACGCGCCAGGAUGCCGGUCCGUCGGGGCGCGCGCGGGGAGCUGCGACUGCCGCGCGGCUGGACGGCGCUUUGUCUGCUGAGUCUGCUGCCCUCUGGGUUUACAAAUCCAACAAACAACCUGACUUCUGUUGCCAUGGAGUCAUCUACCCUGGGAAUAGUUUCAUCUGUCUCUACAAAUGUGCUCAACCAGGACCAGGACAGCACCACACCAAGUGGCCCUGCAAGUACCAGCCCACACCCCAUCCCUCAGGACAGCAAUGAGACCACAUCAGCCAUCUCAGAGACUAUGGUCAACUUCACAGCAACUUCUGGGGUGUCCCCAGGCCCUGAAACCACGAACUCUUCAGCAAAGUCACAGACCACUUUUUCAGCCCUCACAGUGAUCACCACUGCAGACAACAUUUCAACUUCAGAAAUGGCGUGGAUGCCUAGUACAACACUUGUGAAUUUUUCUUAUUACUCACCCAAUAGUACCAUCCCUGAAAUGACAUCAGCCACAGAAUCUUACACAUUCACAUCAUCUUCUCCUGUCCCAAGUACCAUCAAGGGAGAAAUCAAAUGUUCUGGAAUCCGGGAAAUGAGGUUGGCUCAGGGCAUCUGCCUGGAGCUUAGUGAGGCCUCUAGCUGUGAGGAGUUUAAGAAGGGCAAAGGAGAAGGAUUGACCCAAAUACUGUGUGGGAAGGAGAAGGCUAAUGGUGAGGUUGAAGCUGGUGUAUGCUCCUUGCUCCUUGCCCAGUCUGAAGUUAAGCCUGAGUGCCUGCUGCUGCUCUUGGUCAACAAAACAGAACUUUUCAGCAAACUCCAGCUUAUGGAAACACACCAGUCUGACCUGAGAAAGCUGGGAAUCCAAGGUUUCAGGGAACAAGAUAUUGGGAGCCACCAGAGCUAUUCCCGAAAGACCUUGAUUGCACUAGUCACUUCAGGAAUCCUGCUGGCCAUCUUGGGAACUACUGGCUAUUUUCUGAUGAACCGUCACAGUUGGAGUCCCACAGGAGAAAGGCUGGGCGAAGACCCUUAUUACACGGAUCACAGUGGAGGCCAGGGCUAUAGCUCAGGAUCUGGGGCCUCCCGUGAGACUCAGGGAAAGACCAGUGUGACCCAAGGGGCUCAGGAGAACGGGACCGGCCAAACCACCUCCAGAAAUGGGCAUUCAGCAAGACAACAUGUGAUGGCUGACACAGAACUGUGACUUGGCUGGCUGGGGCAAGACUGGGUGGUAGCAUGGCCUCUCUCUGCCUCUGACCAAGUGCUGCCUCUUUCCCAUGUCUUGUAAUUUCACACUCAGAGGAUGUUCCGAGGCCCUCCACCUUUGGGGAAACAGGUAAACUGCCUUCUACACAUUCAAGUCCCUAGACCUAGAUUCCAGCUAGCCUUUGAGUUAAGAUGGGGUGGAGAAAAGCCCAAGUUUAAGGUUGCUGCUGGGGAGGUUAGUAGCCAUGUAGCAUUCAUCUUGAACCCCCUGCCCCUUCUCUCCUCUCUGCCUCUUUAGAGGAACUCUUCCCAGAAAAGAUAGACUUUUUUCUAAGCUACAACUUCCUGUUUUUGUUUUUUCUUUUUACAUUUCUUCCUCCUAUUUUUUCCCUUCCCCACCUUAGGGAAACCAAAGUACUCCCAGGAACCUACUCCCUUAUAAUAAUUUAGCCAGAAAAAUAUAUUGUCAUAAGCCAUAUCCUUUAUCACUCCUCAAGACACUGUGGAUUUAGUUACUAGCUUUUUGCUUGCUCUUUCAGCCCCUGUAUCUGUGUAGAAAGUCAACACAAUUUUCUGUCUGGUGCCUGGAACUGGGCUAAGCAUUGUACAGUGACAGCUCAGUUCUGGUUCUUCUGAGGUUCUCACUGGGCCAAAGUGGACAGGAUCACAGGACUAGACUUUGAAUUGAGCCUCCUUUUCUUUUUUAAGUGCUAGGGAUUGAACCCAGGGCUUCAUACAUGCUGAGGAAGUACUCUACCACUGAGCUAUAUCCCUAGUCUACACACACACACACACACACACACACACACACACAC